AUGCUUCCUUACUGGUCGCGGUCAAGAUCAACAACAAAGUCUGAAACUGAAGAGUUGGAGAAUGCUCAAGACGAAAAUGACGACGUGGUUUCUGGCAAAAAUGGAUUUGAUCUUGUUGCAAAGGAAGAUCCUACCAAUAACGCUUUGCCCGGGCCAGUGGACCCUAUAGUGCACUUUGAACUCCCACUCCAUUUGAAGUUUUGGCCCCAUAAGGAUUCACAGGGGCUGGAUGGUGUUGUGAUGGACUACGCUGUCACCGUUGGGGUGGAUGGAGCAGGAGUGACCAGCGAACAACUGGACUUUUUAACCUUGCAGUCCAAUCUGGUGGAAAGCUCUUAUGGUAUGGUGAAGGAGCUGCCCACAAUGGUGUACACUAUCAGCGAGGUCAAAAACUUGGUGACGGAGGUCCUGCAGUUUGGAGACCUGGAACGUGGCGUAAUUUUAGAUAGUGAUAUGGUGGAAGACACUGUACACACUCCUGAGGUAGAAAAGCAUGACAUCACCUCCUUGUCUGAGCCACCGCAGGAGGUUGAGGCUUCGGGAUCAGAUGCUGAAAAUCUGAAUGAUCUUCUCAGGACUCCCAUAAUAGAAGAGGUGCCUUUUGAGGAGACGGCUCAGACUGCCGAUAUAAAUCCAGAGGAUAUGGAAACAGGAGAAGUGAAGGUAGCGGAAGUAGUGCCAACUCUAAUGCAUAUUCCAGUUCUGGAAGAACACCAUCUAGAGGAAAUGACAGAAUCAGACGUUGACCUGGAGCCCUCCACAAUCACCACAGCCAUCGACGAAGAAGGCCUGGCUUCAUUUGUCCCUGAUCCUGAAGUUGUUGAACUGGCAGGUGGGAUGGCCCAGCCAGAGGAGAGUGAAGGUGCUUUACUUCCAGACAAUGAACUUCCAAAAGAGGAAGAGGUGAAAGAUCUCUCCACUGACGAAGAGGAGGAGGACAGCGUGUUGCCUAUUCCUGAUGAGGUUGUCAUUGAGGAGAGCAAACCACCUGUGACCGAUGAAAAGACAGAGGAGCCUAUAGAUUCAGCUGAGGACAUUCCAGAGGCUCCGAAGAUCUCAACAGAAGAUCUGACAGAGGAUGGGAUUAUACUGGUAAACGUAGAUGAGUCUGUAAACUCUGAGCAGCCAACUGUUCUUUCUCCAGAAAAAGAGUCUCCAUUCACACGUAUCUCAGAUCCUUCUUCAGACGUGCAACCUGAAAUCAUCAUCACCUCAACUGUGGAGGAAAUCCAAGAUAGGAUAAGGAUCCUGGAACUCUACGCCAAAGACCGCCAGUUUGCUGACUUUGUCCGGCAGCAUCAAGCGUGA